CCAAAAUAAUCAUGACUUCCUGAUAAGUCACUGUAAAUUUAUACUCAUGUUGGACUCGAGCACCCUUGAGUCUCUUAAACUAGCCAUCAAGUAAACCAAAUCUAAGUUUUUUACAUCUUACUUUACGAACAAACAUUAGCUAUUGCAAAUCAAGUACCUCUGGACAGGUGUUAUUACCCUCACUUGGUGAAGCCGCUUGUUAUGGAUCUUAAACUACGUACACCGCAAAGCAGAGCUCUGAGUGCUGGCCCCUCAGCCCAAACGCAUCGGCUAGACUUUCACGUGUGUAGACUACAGCAGGAAAGCAUUCUGGAGAACGCAUUUCAGAGUGAAGUAGCAUGGAUGCCGUCAGCCAGGUCCCCAUGGAGGCUGUGCUCCCCAAGCACAUCCUGGCUAUCUGGGUCAUUGUCCUCAUCAUCCUGGCCAUCAUGGUCACCAUGACCUUCUUAUUGCUGUGCCUGGUCACUGCGAUCAUUAUCUGUCACAUGCAAACUUAUUCUGUCCUCAAUGGGACUGAGAAUCUCCCAAGAGGGGCAGUGAGGGAUGUGGGUGGUGUCCUCUCCCCCAGCCUCUUCCUUCUCAGAAAAGCGACAGACGGGCUUUGCCGUGUGGACUCGGGAGCUUGACACGCGAGAGGAGAUCUGAGCUCUUGUUUGGAUUUUGCCACUGGCCAGCUGUGUGAGUUCAGUCAAGGGACCUAAUUCUGUGGGUUCCGGGUUCCUUUUAAAUGGGGAUCAUGAUCUCUGCCCCUCCUGCCUCAUGGGGUUGUAAGAACCAAUGGUUUGGUGGAGGUUAAAGCUGUUUGCGACUGUGAGCAGCAAACCCACCGCAGAUACACAGGUGUUACUGCUGAAUGCUGAGAAGCUUUGAAGAGCCAAACAACCUAAUUACUGAUGGUGGACUUCAAGGUGGUGAGGGAGACACUGGGGGCAGAGCAGCCUUUGCCAGCGCCCCUCCGGUCAAACCAAGCAAAGGCACCCUAUCCUCAUUCCAAGGGGUCGGCAGCACUUGGGCUCAGAGUUAUUUUCUUUGCGGUGCCCCUCCCUCACGUUAUGUAAUUUGGAGGGAAUUACGCAUGGCAGGGGAGGGAGAUGGGUAGAACUUCCCAGGACCUCUGUGCCAGAAUGUCUACAGUCAGGAGGAGGGCUCUGCCAUUUCUUGGCCACGCAAGGGACCUGGGGUGAUGGGCUUCUUUCUGCAUUGGAGUCUCAUCGCUUUGAUAGUUGAGCAAUGUGGGAAAACACAUGGUGGCUGAGUUCCCUGGCCAGCUUUC